AUGUCAGACAGCACUACAGAAAGCAUCCUCGUCCCCUUCCUGGGGGCUUUCCAAGCUUCCUUAUCAGUGCUCCUCACCAUCUCAGCUGGUGUCAUCGCCGCCCAGUAUGGCCUCCUCGACGACGGCAGCAGCAAGAAGAUUUCUACCUUUUGUGUCAGGAUGGCCCUUCCCGCCCUUUUGAUUACGAAUGUUGGAUCGCAGCUUGAUCUGGAGACUGGAAUUCGAUACGUACCCAUUGUCGUCUGGGCCAUAUUUUACACAACCGUGUCAAUUGGCAUCGGCUUCGUCCUGACAAAGGUGUUUGGCAUGCCGGACUGGGUCAUCCCGGCCAUUGCCUUCAAUAACACCACCAGCUUGCCCCUUUUGCUUGUGCAGUCCCUAGAUGCCACCGGAAUCCUUAGCUCCAUUGAUGACAGCUCUGGCGUCGUCACCAAGGCCAAAAGCUACUUCCUGGUCAAUGCCAUGAUUGGCAAUUCGCUCACAUUUGCUCUGGGGCCAAAACUUCUCAACGGCCACGAGGAAGAAGCCCCUGACAAGGUCAAGGGUGCUGACGGUGACAUUAAUGAGAGUGAAGGCGAAGACGAUCUUGAAUCUCAAGAACAGGACGCCAUCGAGCACAACGAGCAAACCUCACUUCUGCCAGACCGCACCGUGACAAGAAUCACCCGCACGCAGUACCGCGUCUACGGCAAGGGAACCAAAUACUGGUCUUCCCUGUCUCCAACCUCCCGUUCGAUCCUCGAAUUCUUAUACAGCUUCGUCAACGCCCCUGUAAUCGGAGCCCUCAUUGGCGCCCUUCUUGGUCUCGUCCCCGCCCUCCACCGCCUCUUCUUCAACGAGCCCGAGGAGGGCGGCUACUUCAGCGCCUGGCUCACCUCAUCUGUCAAGAACGUCGGCGAGCUGUUUGCCGUGCUUCAGGUCAUCGUCGUGGGCGUGAAGCUCUCCAAGGCGAUCUUGCAGUACAAGAACGGGGACGAUUCCAAGGAGAGCCAGGUGCCCGUGGUGCCGUUCUUGGCCGUCACGUUUAUCAGGUUCGUCCUGUGGCCCGUCAUAUCGAUUGGGGUGAUUUAUCUCUUGGCCAGCAGGACGGACCUGGUGACCAAGGACGCGCUUUUGUGGUUCUGUUUGAUGCUUAUGCCGACUGGGCCUCCGGCGAUGAAGUUGUCUGCUCUGGCGGACGUUGACGGAUCGGAGGAUUCUCUAAAGAUGCUGGUUGCCAAGUUUCUGACUAUGUCGUACAUCGUAUCACCUCUGAUCUGCUUCACUGUUGUUGGUGCGCUAAAAGCAAGCGAAGCCAUUGUUGCCAAGUAG